AUGUGGGGGGAGUUUGAGGCCCGUUUCAAUGUAAAGUAUCUCCCUCAAACUUACCAGCAUGAGAGGGAGAAUGAGUUUCUCCGCCUUCAGCAAGGGGGGAUGAGCAUGGCCCAAUACGAGAACCGUUUCACGGAACUCUCCCGCUGUGCUUCCGAAAUGAUUGCAAGCAAAGCAAUCAAGAUGAGGCAGUUCACGGCAGGACUGAGGAGCAGUAUUCGCUCCAAGAUAUGCUGCAUCAACAUCAGGACGUACGCUGAGCUCGUCGAGAUGUCUAUUAGGGCGGAGCAGGAUGAGGAGCGGGUCGCCCGAAGCCGCUCACAGUUAGGGCCGCGAAACAGGGUGGACGGACCAUCCUCCUCUUUUACAGGAAAAAGGGCUCGUCCUAGCUCACCACCCCGACUGGCUGCCGCACCGGUCCCUUCUACGCGACCGGCCCAGACAUGUACUUACUGCAGAAGGGCGGGACAUUCCGAGCCCUACUGUUUUACGAGGAUGAGAGACCUCGGGUUUACUCCGCCGCAACGCAACAUUAGGCCUCCACAGCCAACCUUACAGAUUCCGCUCCUGCGGGCAAUGGGGCCAAGUCAACAAUUUCGGCGUCCACCACCGCCUCAAGUUAGACCGCCACAACGGCCCAUGCAACGGCCAAAUUUUCCGCAACAUGCUCGGGUGUAUGCCCUAGCAGUUGAGGGCCAAGACACGGCUAUCCCCACUCCUACGGCCUUUGAGGUGACAGCCCACAUCCAAGAUACUCCCAUAUUCCUUUUAGUGGACACCGGGUCCACCGCUUCCCUCAUAUCGCAUGCGACUGUUAAGCACUUGGGGCUAUGCCCUAGCCCCUUCGUAGGGGUAAAGAUCAUCGCGGCCGCCGACACUUUUACGGAGGCUACAAAGAUAUAUUAUAGUUGUCCCAUCGACUUGGGAUGCAAGGUGGCCCACGUGGAUUUGAUGGUGACUAAAAUCUUCCACUACGACGUCAUCCUGGGCAUGGAUUGGUUGACAAUGAUGAAAGCAGAAAUUGAUUGCGAUGCAAAAACAGUGAAGAUAUUUGAGGACGACGGCUCUUCCCUCACGUUCCUGGUCCAGGUCAGCUACGAACGCAGGAUUUCGUGUUAUGCAUCAUUGGAGGACGGAUAUUCUGGACCCUCGAUAACGGACACGCCCGUGGUCUAG